GCGCAGCUACUCCUGAAUGAAGAGUGUGUGUGUUUGUACCCGCUCCAGCAGCUGCGGGUGUCCCGAGCGCGGAUCAAAGCGGCUGCCCGGGCAGGCGACACGGGAGCGGGGCUGCCGCCGCGGACCGAGGCACCGGCCGCCAGAGGCGCCGCCUGGCCCGGCCCAGCCCCUCUCCCUGCCCCAGCGGGGAUCAGGUGGCGGCUGCCUCUGCCCGGCAUGUCCUAGCCCGUCCGGGCUGCCUGCCCCGGCUGAGAAAUGCGGAGGAUCCUGCUCCCGGCGGGGUUCCCCUGCUGGCUCGUGGUCCUGUUCUGGCGCCCGGAGCUCGUGGCCUCCCAGGCGGUGUGCGCGGGGACCCUGAACGGGCUGAGCGUGACGGGCGACGCCCAGCACCAGUACCAGACGCUGUACAAGAUGUACAACCACUGCGAGAUCGUCAUGGGCAACCUGGAGAUCGUGCUCAUUGACCACAACCAGAACCUGUCCUUCCUGCAGACCAUCCGGGAAGUGACGGGCUACGUCCUCAUUGCCAUGAACAUCUUCACGGACCUGCCCCUGCGCAGCCUGCGCGUCAUCCGGGGGACCCAGCUCUACGAGGAGAAAUACGCCCUCUUCGUGCUGCUCAACUACCACACCAAUGCCACGUACGCCCUGCGCCAGGUGGGCUUCAACCAGCUCACGGAGAUCCUGGCGGGCGGGGUUUACAUCGAGAAGAACGAACAGCUGUGCCACGUGGACACCAUCGAGUGGAGGGACAUCAUCCGGAACCAGCACGUCGCCCUGGUGGGGCAAGCAGUACUCUCCGGUCACCCACUCCCCCUGCUUGCAGAUAACUUCGUGGUGGACCAGAGCUCCUGCGUGCGGGCCUGUCCCAACGAUAAGAUGGAGGUGGAGAAGAAUGGCCUCAAGAUGUGUGAGCCAUGCUCUGGACUCUGCCCUAAAGCCUGCGAGGGGACGGGCGCUGGGAGCAAGUACCAGACCGUCGACUCGAGCAACAUCGACAAGUUCGUCAACUGCACCAAGAUCCUUGGCAACCUGGACUUCCUCAUCACAGGGCUGGAGGGGGACCCCUGGCACAACAUCUCCGCCCUGGACCCCGAGAAGCUGAAUGUCUUCCGGACAGUGCAGGAGAUCACAGGUGAGGAGUGGCCCCCCGCGCCGUCGGGCUGACCCGGCGCCUCCAUCCCCAGCCGCGGCUUCUCCCUGCUGAUCAUGAAGAACCUGAACGUGACCUCGCUGGGGCUGCGGUCGCUGCGGGAGUGCCGCCCCUGCCAUGAGAACUGCACACGGGGGUGCAUUGGGCCGCAGCUCCAGGACUGCCUCACAGAUCCCCUGCCCGUCAUCAGGAAAAACCCCACAGUCAUCGCCAUGAUGGUCGUGGGCUGCCUCUUCGUCUUCUGCUCCUGCUUCCUGCUCACUCUCCUCUACUGGCGCGGCAAGAAGAUCCAAAAGAAGCGGGCGAUGCGCCGAUACCUGGAGCGGGGAGAGAGCCUCGAGCCCCUGGACCCGAGCGAGAAAGCCAACAAGGUGCUGGCCCGGAUUUUCAAGGAGACGGAGCUGAGGAAGCUGAAGGUCCUGGGGUCGGGCGUGUUCGGGACAGUGCACAAGGGCGUCUGGAUCCCGGAUGGAGAUUCCAUCAAGAUCCCCGUCAGCAUCAAGGUGAUCCAGGACCGGAGCGGCCGGCAGACCUUCCACGCCGUCACUGACCACAUGUUGGCCAUCGGCAGCCUGGAGCACGCCUACAUCGUGCGGCUGCUGGGCAUCUGUCCCGGGACGCAGCUGCAGCUGGUGACGCAGCUGCUGCCGCUGGGUUCGCUGCUGGAGUACGUGCGCAAGAACAAGGACAGCAUCGGGCCGCAGCUUCUGCUCAACUGGUGCGUGCAGGUUGCCAAGGGCAUGUACUACGCCGAUCUGCUCUACCCCGACGACAAGAAAUACUUCUACAAUGAGAUCAAGACACCCAUUAAAUGGAUGGCGCUGGAAAGCAUCCACUUCGGGAAGUACACGCACCAGAGCGAUGUCUGGAGCUACGGCGUGACGCUGUGGGAGAUGAUGACGUUCGGGGCAGAGCCCUACACGGGGAUCCGGCUGGCCGAGGUGCCCGACCUGCUGGAGAAAGGCGAGCGGCUCACGCAGCCGCACAUCUGCACCAUCGACGUCUACAUGGUGAUGGUGAAAUGCUGGAUGAUUGACGAGAACGUCCGUCCCACUUUCAAGGAACUGGCCAAUGAGUUCACGCGUAUGGCCCGUGACCCACCCCGCUACCUGGUCAUCAAGAGGGAGAGUGGGCUGCUGUCCCCCCCCAACCCGCCCACCGGCCUCUUCGCCUCCAAGCAGCAGGUCGACUACGCCCGGAGCCCGAACCUGAGCCCCCCGGCCGGCUACAUCCCCAUGAACCAGACUGGCCUCAGCAGCUGCCGCCAGAGCGCUGGGCUGGGCUCCCGGCAGACCCUGAGGGCCCGGCAGGAGGCGGUGGGGCGGACGGUGUCAGAGUCGUCGGAGGGCCGGGGCACGGCCUCGGAGUGCGAGCUGCCAGAGGAGCUGUCCCUGGCGGGCAGCCUGUGCCGCAGCCUCCGCUCCCGGGGCGACAGCGCCUACCUCUCCCAGCGCGAGAGCUUCUCCCCGCACGCCGGCACCGCCGACGAAGAGGAGGACGCCAACGGCUACGUCAUGCCGAAUCGCCACAGCCGAGAGCGAGCGGCCAGCCUGGCCCGGGCAGCGCGAGCCGGGCCCCUGGAGGAGGAGUACGAAUACAUGAACAGACGCCCCUCGCAGCCCCGGCCGGUAUCCCUAGAGGAGCUGGGCUAUGAGUACAUGGACCUGGGCUCGGAACGCAGCGCCUCGUUGGGCAGCAUGCAGGGCUCCCCGCCAGCUGCAGCCGGCCAGGAGACAUCCGGGGCCGAGGAGGAUUACGAGUACAUGAACAAACAGCCCAAGCUCAGCCAGUCCCUCAGCAGCGUGCUGAGUUCACCGGGGGCCGGGCAGGACGACUACACCUGCAUGAGCACGGCUGGGCCCCAGGGCUGCCCCGAGGAGCAGGGCUAUGAGGUGAUGGAGGCCUUCCUGGGGCCAGCCCCGGGCUGCCUGGGUUCGCCCUGCCCCAAGAACGGCUUCAUGAAACCGCUGCGGAGCCUGGAAGCCUCAGACUGUGCCUUCGACAACCCUGACUACUGGCACAGCCGGCUGUUCGCCAAGGCGGACGCCCAGCGGACCUAGGGGGCAGAGGGUGGUGCCGACCCGUCUGGCCCAGGGACAGGGCCGUGGGACUCUAGAUGCCUGCUGAGGCUGUGGGGCCUGCCUGCCGUUUGCCGAACAAGCCCGUCUGGGCGGCUGGGAGCCAAUUACCUUCCCCGGCCCGUUACAGGCAGCCGGCACCCUGGGGAGAUGCAGACACUGCUCCCUUAAUGGGGCCGCCGGGUGGGGGCGUGCCCCCUGGCUCUGCGCCAUUGCAUGCUGGGAUGCAAUGCGCUGCCCCACUGCGAAGCCAAAGCAACCCUCCCUCCUCUCGUGCUGCCUCAGGAUCAGACAUGGGCAGGGGCGGCAGGGGCUGUGUUCUCCCAGCCCCCCCAUGGGGAAAGCCUCCUUUAAUGAGCUCUCAGGGGGUGUUUGGGGCCCUGGGAUCGAGCACUGAAGAAGGGGGCUGCCCCAUUCCUCACUCCUUUCCCAGCCAACAUGGGAGCAGGGGGCUGCAUACACCUGGGUUUAAAGAACCCCAGAGCUGCUCCAGGCAGGGCCCGGGGGGGUGAAGUGAGCAGAUGAGGGAGCUGCUGGUCUGGGGUUUAGUGGAUCAAGCACUUCUCCCGGAGCCAGAACUCCUGGGUUUUCAGUCACGGACUCAUUGCUCUGGGCCUCAGUUUCCCCCUGUGGGCCAUGCAGAGGCUGGGAGUCAGUCCUAGAAUGAUGGAGGCAGCCCGUACCCAUGAGCGGCUCCCAUGCCAGCCCCCACGGCUGUCAGCUGCCCCGGCCUUGUAGCUCUCCACACACACACCAGCCCCAGCCAGGGGUUUCUCAUGGCUGGUCCCGCUGCUGCCCCUCUCUUGGUGCCGCUGAGCUUGGAGGCCGCGGCAGGUCAGAAGGUGUUGGCGCAUCAGGUUCUGUGCAAGUUUCACCAGAUUUCCACUGGUGUAAGAAGCCAGUGGACUGGAAUUUGAUCUUGCAUCCUCCUGAGUCACGCUGGAUUCACACCAGUGUAAACAGGGUGGCCAGAGCCUCCCCUCCUCUCACGCCCCGGCACCGGAGCCUGAUGAGAGCUGUGGGGUGCUAGUUGCCAACGGGGCACAGGGAGAACACCCCAAGCCUGCGGUGAAGAAAUGAAGUUGAUAUUUUUGCACUGAA